ACGCUUCUAUUUAGUUAUAUCAGAAAACAGACCAUGUUGAAGGAUAGGGCUUCCUUAUUUCCCUAUAGUUUCUAUUGAAGAUUUAAAUAUUAAAAAGGGUCACAAUGUCUAAUUUUAUUUUUAGAAAGAGACAAAUAGGUUCCUUAAACAGCUCACACACUUUAGUUUUCACGAAACAUUAGUUGGGAUACAUUCUUCUGACAAAAAUAUCAAAAUGAUUAAAAAUUCUACAUUUUGAAGAGCGGGAACCAUCACGUUGGUUAGUUAUCGUUGAGAGAUGAUGUUAGCAAUUAAUCGACGAUUGGCAAUUUACCUUUUGGGCAUCUCAUAGAAUAAUCCACUAUUCAAUACAGCUCUAUGGCUCACUAAUGUGUUUGAAUAGUUUUAGGACAAUAAUGGAGGGAUGGCACAGAGGAGUAGUCACUAGUAUAGGUAGCAGAAAGCUGGUAGACAUGGUGGAGUAUAGAUGGAGGAAGGUUUUGAGGACACUGGGGGCUUCGUUGUCAGAACGAUGGUCUCUGUCAUAUUCCUGAGCAGCUAUCUGGAGAGGACACUGAUAGGUGCACAGCAGAUGGGCUCUCUGCAUGCCGACUCACCACAUUGGAGGAGGAGGCAUCUGUCAAAAUCUCUUCUCACACACACUCACGUCACACAGACAACAGUGUCAUUAUUUUGUGAGUGAAGCGCCAUCUGCCAAACUAGCAAUUAAAACACACAGUUGAGUUUUGGGGUAUUUCAGCCUGCAUGUCGUCUCCCGGCUGAUCUCCUCCCUUGAGAAUGAAUAGAAUGUUCCAGCUAUGUAUUGUUGCUAUGAAUAGAUGCAGUUCAAAAUGGGUCAAUUUAUGGCAAAAGCACUCAUCUGUGCAGUGUAUUGCCAGAAGGCGAGUGUAUGUAAGCAUGCUGUCAUCCAGUUACAGAUUUGUCUCUGGAGAUCUUCCCUUAACCAAAUGGCUUCUCGUGUGAAAGUGGGGCAGAAACAGACGGCAAAGCAUUCUACUGCGAUGGUUGUAAUGGUCGAAUUUGUGUAACAUACUGUUUAUAACAGAGGAUGAAUUUGGCCAAAACCACUGCAUUGGUAAAGUACAGCUCCACAGCACCAAAUGAUACUCCAUCCUAUACGGCUGAUAAUGAGUUUCUAUUCUACGAGCACUGUCUUUCAUUUCAUCUCAGUAUGUGCUCGACUUCAGGCCACUGCACUGUGUUAAUGACCUCUCCUUCAUGUAUUGAACAUGAUGUGGCUUGAGGAGGCUCGUUGUACUGAAUACUUGGACUCUUGAAACGAGUCUGACUGUAAAUUGGAGGAGAGAGAGUGAAUAGACCCCUUUGUUUCACUUUGAUGCUGCUGCUGUCGUUUAAGCACAAAGGAAAACACACAGCACAUCGUUACUCUAUUUGAAAGGCUCGUUAGUAUUAAUAAUGAAUAAAUAUUAGUUGUAAUAAUAAAAUUUCCUUUUUUAAUUGCAGUGUAAUUCUAUUGAUUUUAAAUCAGUAAAUCUCCCACAUAAACAUAUUAUUGUAUGUGACAUACUUGAUAUAAAACCUCAACAUGUGAUGAUAUAAAGGGAAUUAAUUGAUUUGUCAAAACUAUUUUGAUAAUUCAUUAUUUUAUCAUGCAAAUAUGCUUAAUAUUUGGUCUCUGGUUCCAGCAUCACGAGUGACGAUUUGCUGCUUAUGUUUUAUAUUAUGUCAAAUUGAAUAUUGUUUGUAAAUUGAAUUUCACUUGGGUUGUUUGUUGGACAAAACACGUACAUUUAAGCAUUAACUUGUGGACAUAAUUUUCUGACAUUUCAUAGACUGAAUUAUUGAUACCGUUAAUUAUAAUUAUUGAGCAAAAAGAAAAAUAUUAAUGGAUUUUAUGCUUGAUUAUUUAUUCAGAUAGUGUAUUGAUAUGUAAGCAUGUUGCUUUAUGUUAUAACUUAUUUGUUUUCCUAUUCCACAUGUAAGCAAUGUUGUUAUUUUCUUUUAAACAUUAAAAUGCUUAAAGAGCAAAUUAUGGACUACAUUGUAACUGUAAUCAACUGUUAUAAAAUAAUUCACCAAAACCAACUACUAAUGAUAAGAUCCCAUUCAUAACCACAGCAUACCCAUAACAUUGAGUGCAAAUGUUCACUGGAAAUAAGCACAGUUACAAAGAUCGAUCAUAUAAUUGUUUUAAUGAUGAUAUGUCACCAGGUUUUUAUGUGUAUUUUGAUAAUAACAUUCAUAGAUAAAUGAAACAUUGAGGCUUCAUCAACCUCAACCACUGUCUGGAUCGUCUUGGCCCGAGUGCUCGAUGACAUAUGACUACAGAACUCUCCCAUGAAUAGUGGUACUCUGCGACGGCACCAUGCGUGUGUGUGUGUGCAGGAAAAGGCCUCGGUCAGACGGAGAGGCCCCCAGCGCUGGACAAUGGGCUCCCAGUGUCUGCUGCUCUGAAUGCCAUUAUUCAUCGACAUUAAUAACCUCGAAGAAUUGACAUCCUGAUGAUAAUGGCUAUGUGCAGUGUCAAUCUUGGAGCUUUUGUACCCAUUCAAGUGUCAACUGUACUUAGCGAGGUCACAUUUGUAAUUGUUAGCCACAGCGUCCGCUUGACUCGGCGCCACUGGGGGCGAGUGGGAGCGCUUCAUUGGCAACUUGAGGGACUUGCUUGAAACUUUGGUAGCCGGAGCGGACGGUUCGGUCCACAGGACGCGACUUCUCUCUCCAGUUUUCACCUCUUUUGUAUCUAGUUUAGUGCAGCUACUGGUUCUAGAGACUUUGUUGAGGACAGUGUACUUUGCCAUGAGGCGACAGGUCCUUUGAGAAUGCUGAGCUAAGUAUGGGAACAGCUGAAAGGUGAGCAGAGCGCCAUCACUGGCUACACUUAUAGUACUGGUUUACAUUUUCCUCUUAAUAAUAGCAGAGGGGCUUUUUUUUGCUAUUUUUGUUGUGAGGCUGAGUUGAUGGUGAAAUGCUGCUGCUCUGUCCAAAGAGAUGCAAGUCAGGUUGAUGAUGAUGUGUUCAAAGAGGAAUCCCUGAACUCAGACUGAAUGAAAUCAUCUUCAGCAAGAGAGGAAAGCGACGAUGUUGCUCAGUGUGCACAAAUCCAACCUUUAAGGAUCCGUCACAACAAACAAUUUCUUCAACACAGAGGUUAUCUGGGGAUAAUCUGACAUUUAUGGUGAUGAGGAUUUUGAUCUUGUUCCUUUUCUGUGGUUAUUAUUCACUUCAAUCUGAAGGUUUUACUUAAGGUUCCGUCAGUGUUUAAGACUGGAUUAGACAUUAUGUCAUAAAUAAUUGUGUUUUUAUUGGAGCACGAUUAACCAGUGACACGCAUGAGUGGAAUAUGCUGCUGUGUUUAUUGCUUUAUUUUAUUUGUUUCAUCCCCUCCACUCUCUGGCACUCACUUAUGUGAAGACACACCCUCUCCCAGUAUUCACCUCCAUUCUCAUUUUUUCCACAGCACAAAGAGAAAACUAAAGUCAGCUAAUCCAAGCACUGCACAGAAGGAAACUAAUUCCUGCUCAAACAUGGCAGACCAGAAAGACGACUUUAAAGUCCAGACAGCCAAGCACUCCAACAUGGCCUCGGUCCCUUUACGGCCGCACAGUGAACAGACUAAAGACCGCUUGACCAAAAGGCUUUCGACUGAUUCCAACGGGACCAGUGACGGGGGCGCGGGCUCGUCCACACCAGUGGAGGUGACCGCUUUGGAAGAGUCGUUUCGCCGCUUCGCCAUCCACGGUGACACUCGCGCUACCGGCAAGGACAUGCACGGCAAGAACUGGUCCAAGCUCUGCAAGGACUGUGGAGUGAUUGACGGCAAGAACAUCACCCUCACUGACGUGGACAUCGUCUUCAGCAAAGUCAAGAAGAAAUCCUGUCGCACCAUCACAUACGACGAGUUCAAAGCUGCGCUCGGAGAGCUGGCCAGGAAGAAAUAUAAAGGGAAGACGGGAGAGGAGGCCGAGACCGAGGUGUUCCAGCUGAUUGAGGGGAAAACGCCCGUCAUCGCAGGAGUCACGAGAGCCGUGGCUUCCUCGACCGUGAGCCGUCUCACAGACACCACCAAGUUCACCGGCUCACACAAGGCGCGCUUCGACGACACCGGUCGCGGGAAGGGUAAAGCGGGACGCGUGGACAUGGUUGACACUUCGGGAUACGUCUCGGGGUACAAACAUCGAGGGUCAUACGAAAAGAAAGUGAAUAAACCGACGGUGGGCAAGCCCAUGUGAGGGGGAGCGUAAGGAAAUAAACAUUCGAUCAUCUAGGAUCAUUUUCUAUUAAAUGAAUACUCAAAGAAAGCACAAAUGAAUAGGAUUUCAUAUAUUUUCCCGGCCAUCUCUGUUUUUGAGUUCCUCUCCUUGAGAAGUGUGAGAACUGGAAAACUGUUUACAUCUAUUCUUACCAAGUCAUCACGAGCUGGUACAUUCCUGUCUGAUUGCAAGUUACUGCCAAACGCCUAAGAGACCGAGAGAAACAACUGAAGCGCUCUGAAUAUUGAAGCUUUGUUGUUACGAUAGGGCCUUAUAUUUAUUCAGCACAAUGAACAACAUGCCAAGAAAAAACAAUGUGCAACGAGUUUGAUUAAUUAACAACAUUGCACUUUUUAGUGGAAUUUUUUCUAAUCCCAUACUGACCUAAAGAAAUGCAUUUCAGUAAGAAUUGCACCAUUUGAGAGAUACUGUUUUAUCAAUGUUUAUAUCUUUUUAAAACUUCAAUAGUUCCAUCUUCCUUGUUAAUUGUCUGUCUGCCAUCCCGACUAGUGAACUCCAGUCUUCAUGAAAUCUGCUGUUCUUGUUAUUGUAGAACCUCACACUGUCUUUUGAACAAUUUGCCUUGAGCUCAAACCAAGAAAAGAUAUUAAGGGUUUUGUCAACUUGUUUUUAAAUGUUUGCAGACACAAUGUGGUGAACUGUUGGACUGAAGAUUUCUGACUUCUGCCAUAUCUUUUUAUUUUUGUGGAUAUUUAACAAAUAAAAGCCCCUCCUACCAUGCAAACCUUUUAAAUAUGCCUGCUUACAACACGUCAACAAAAAAUACAAUAGAAGAAUCCAUUUUCUCUUUCACCAACUUUAUUCAGAUUACAAACCACUUUUCCAACAUGCAUUUAGAUUUUUUAAUUGGUGUUUUUAGCGAAAGAAGAAAGCUCUCACCACAAUAUAUGAGCUCCGUUGUACAAGACUGUAUUUUUAACAUUUUACUUAUAUUUCCAUACAGUAGUUCUAAUAUAUUUGUGGUAAGAUUGUGUAUAUUCGAAAGUGAUAGCCACAUGGCUGAAUUUAAAACACUGGCUUCAUGUUGUUUUUCUUGUAUUGCUGUACUUUGUGCAUGUUCAUGUGUAUUGCAUUUGAUUCAGAAGCAUAUAGAUGACAGUCGGAGUGCGUCAUAUCUUACUGAACUGCUGUGACGACUUAAAUAACUUAGUGAUGAAAUUGUGGGAUCAUGAUAAAAUCUUGUAUUGCUUGAAAUCAAUAUGUAUUAAUCUGUACAUACAAAGUCAGCUCCGCACCAAUGCUAGUGUUUGUGUCUGUUGGUAAAGAUUUAAAGAACCUUUUAUGUGUGGUACGAUCAUCCACGGCACAAAUUUAACUAAAAACUAAAUCAGGUCUCUAACUGUUGCAUACUCACAUCUAUAUGAGAUAAAAGGGAAAAUUGCAAAGUAAUCUACUUUUGUACAAUAUUUUUCCAACAUGGUGACAGUGUGUGUGUCACACACUACCGGUAGCCUCAGCUGAUGAAGAAUCAUGCAUGAAUGCACCUCUAGCAGCUAUUAGUGUGUUUAUUUGACGUCUGCAGUAGAUUGAUCCGUUUUCUGCGCUUAAUGCCAAAUACUGUGCACCUUUAAUGUGGAGGAACAAUGUUGUCUUAUUUUUAAUAACGUAUAGUAUUAUAGUGCCCCGGUGCAUGCAGUGUGUUCUUGUUCUAUUAAGCUUUUAAUGUGUGUUCAUGAUUUGUAAUGCAUUACUGAAAAUAAAAAACACCCCCCGGAGUGUCAGCUUA